AUGGCUGAACUUGCCUUUGGCAUCAUAGGAAAUGUCAUCGAGAAGGUAGGGUCCGUUGCUUACCAAGAGUUGGGCUUGGCAUGGGGUUUCAAACGCGAUCUGAAAAAGCUUGAGCGCACCGUGUCAAUCAUUAGAGAGAUUCUCCUGGAUGCUCAAAAGAAGCAAGCAAGUGACCGCCUGCUGAGAAUCUGGAUAGGGCAGCUCAACGAUGUCCUUCAUGAUGCAGAGGAUGUGCUUGACGAAAUUGAGUACCAAGCUUUAAGGAAGCAAGCGGUUGCCACAUAUGGGAGCACUUCUACAAAGGUUCGUCAUUCCUUUUCAUCUUCUAUGAAGCGUGCAUUCCCUUUCAAACUGGCUCAUAAAAUAAAAGGCAUUAGAGAGAGGUUAGAUGAGAUUGCUGCUGAGAAGGAUCAAUUUAAUCUCACCAUAAUACCUGGAGAUGCACAUAUCAUGCGCCAGUUGAGAGACCCAACCCACUCAUUUGUUCAUCCAUCAACUGUAAUCGGUAGAUAUGAGGAGAAACAAAAUAUCAUAAAUCUCUUGAUGCACUCAGAUGCUAGCAAAAAUGUCAAUGUAAUCUCUAUAGUUGGAUUAGGAGGUUUGGGGAAGACCACACUUGCCAAGUCGGUGUAUAACGAUGAAAGGGUGGUUGGGACUUUUCAAUUGAGAAUGUGGGUUUGUGUGUCUGAAGAUUUUAGUGUUGCAAGAUUGAUAAAAGAAAUCCUUCAAUCGGCAUGCGAUACAAUUGAUGACAAUUGGAAUGUGGAUACAUUGCAAACUAAAUUGAGAGAAGUUUUAAGGGAUACAAAAUUUCUACUUGUCUUGGAUGAUGUUUGGAAUGAAGAUCAUAAUAAAUGGAUUGAAUUGAGAGAUUUGUUAAUUGGUGGUUCCGAAGGAAGUAAAAUUAUAGUGACAACACGUAGUAAUUUGGUUGCCUCCGUUAUGAGCACUGAUUUCACAUACAAUUUAAAAGGUCUAUCCGAACAUGAUUGUUUGUCUUUGUUUGUGAAAUGUGCAUUUAAGGAAGGAGAAGAUUUACAACAUCCAAAUCUCUUAAAAAUUGCAAAACAAAUUGUGGGAAAAUGUAAAGGGGUUCCAUUGGCAGUGAGGACUUUAGGCAGCCUGCUUUUUUCAAAAGUUGAUGAACGGGAGUGGAAAUUUGUAAGAGAUAACGAGAUAUGGAAAUUAAAUCAAAAUGAGAGUGACAUCUUACCCGCAUUGCGGUUGAGUUACGAUCAAAUGCCAAUUCACUUGAAGCGAUGCUUUGCCUUUUGUUCUCUUUUCCCAAAAGACCACGUAUUCUAUUCGGAUGAAUUGGUUCAAAUGUGGAUGGCAAAUGGACUAAUACUUGAAACAUCUAUUAAUAAAAAACAAGAGUUGGAGGAUGUUGGUGACUUGUAUGUUAAUGAGUUGUUGUCAAGAUCUUUCUUCCAAGAUGCUAAUAAAAUUCUUCCUAGCUUAGCCUUCUAUACCUUUAAAAUGCAUGAUCUCAUUCAUGAUCUUGCAAUCUUUGUCGCACAAGGAGAGUGUUCUGCAGUAGAGUUGGGCAACAAAGACAUUGCUGGAACAAUUCGUUAUUUGUCACUUUCAAAAAUGGGUCAAGAAGUUCCAAAAUGCUUAGACAAGUUAACAAAGGUGCACACCGUUAUGCUUACAGCCUUGCAACCACUCCCAAUGUCCUUAGUUGAAUCAUGUAUCUCGAGAUUCAAAUACAUGCGAUUGCUUGAUUUAAGUUAUUCAUCUUUUGAGGUGUUGUCAAGUUCUAUUGGUACUCUGAAGCAUUUGAGAUAUCUCAAUCUAUCAUAUAAUAAAAGAAUCAUGGAACUUCCUAAUUCCAUAUGCAAGCUGCACAAUUUGCAAACAUUACGACUUGAUGGAUGUACGAAACUUAAACGGUUGCCCGAAGAUACAAGAAACAUGAUCAGCCUUAGGUAUUUGGUAGUAACAACAGAGUUUGAUUACCUGUUAGAAAAUGGAUCCUUCAAUUCUCUUCGGAGUUUGAGUUUAUUUUGUUGUUUGAGUCUAAAAGUUUUGUUUCAAGGAAUGGACGGGUGCCUCACCAACCUUCAGACACUAGUGAUAUAUCGAUGUACAAGUUUGACCUCCUUGCCACUCAAUAUCAAGCACCUAACCGCCUUACAGCAACUUGUAAUUUAUGAAUGUCCACAGCUUUGUUUGAUGGGAAGAGAAGAUUGGAGGGGAAAAAGAGAAGAUAACAAUCUCAAGGUGAGCCUUCGAAGUUUGUUUAUUGGUAAGUUACCAAUGUUGAAGCGCUUGCCCUUGUAGUUACUAGGAUAUGCUAAUACUUUACAACACCUGGAAAUCCAAGGUUGUGACCGCUUAAGUGUCUUACCUGAGUGGCUGCCAACUUUCAAAUCACUUCACACACUCAAAUUCGUCGACUGCCGCAAUUUGUCAUGUCUUCCGGAGGGGACACAUCAUCUCCCAGAGCUAAGAAUACUGGAUAUUGAAGGAUGUUACAAAUUUAGUAGGAAUUUAGAUGGAAUGCUCCCUUCAAGAUUGCCCACAGAAGCCUUGACGAGGAGGACACAGGGAUACUUCAACAGAAAGAAGAAGAUGAU